GCCAGUACACGAACCAUCCCCCUCGUGCACAAUUGGCUCUGGCCCGGGAGUGAAAGGUGAAAAUGCGGAAGUUUCCACCCGGGCUGGGUAUUUUCAUAUUUAGAUCACAGCCUUAACAUUGGUCUCCAGCUGGAUUUUUGGGGACAUAAACUCAACAUCGAUGGCGACUUUAAAUACGGAGCGGAGAGCUUUCGUGCAGAAGAUCAACAGGUAUUCCUCAGCUGAAAUUAGGAAACAAUGUUUCCAGCAGACACACCAGCCAGCCACAAAUUAUCAACGCCAUACAAGUAGCUGUGGCACUCUCUCAUUUCAGAUACCUCCAUACUAUAACCCUGUGGUGCCAGUGGAUUUUGAAGAGUUCCUGAUGUCGCAAUUCAACAUUGCAGAUUCUGAUCUUCAGCAGGACCUGGGCGACUUCCCUGAUGAUGACCUGGACAUUACUUUUGUUCCAAGAGAGUGUAGGACCAUUCAGCCUUCUGUUCCUGAAGAUGGGGUUGAUUUAGAUCCUCACGUGCGUGACUGUGUCCAGACCUAUACUCAAGAUUGGCUUAUUGUCAACAGAAGGAGCCAAGGAGACUCUGGAGCCUUUGGAUCAAGUGCACUUGGAUCAAAGCGUGAUCUGUGCAAGACUCUUUCAAAGCAGACAUUUGAAUCGGAAGAAAAUGGUGACUCGUCCAGCCAAGAAUUUCAGGAUGAAUCAAGGCCUCAACCAAUUCUGUGUACAGUACCCGAGACGGCAACUUUGACAUCAUGUGACUUUGACCUUCGAAGCCUGCAGCCAGACACCCGUUUAGAAAGUAUACUUCAGCCCAUCACACCAGAGGAGCUUGAUAGACAUAAUGAAGAAACGAGAAGAGCCAACAGACCAGCAGAUCUCUUUGCUCUCUGUCCACCAGCAGACGAGGAAGAUGCCAUCGAAAAUCGUCCAGCUCCUGAUUGUCCAAAAGAACAUACAGGCCACAGAAUCCUUAUAAAGUGCCAAAUCUUAAAGUUUGAAAUUGAAGUAGAGCCAAUGUUUGCCAGUUUAGCCUUGUACGACUUAAAAGAGAAGAAAAAGAUUUCAGAGAACUUUUACUGUGACCUGAACAGCGAUCAGAUAAAGGCUUUUCUUCGUAAUCCAAAUCAAAUGGCUCCCUCCAGCCUGAGUCGCGCAGCAAUCUUCUCCAUUACGUAUCCAUCGCCAGACAUCUACCUGGUCAUCAAGAUUGAAAAAGUUCUUCAGCAAGGAGAUAUUGCCGAAUGUGCUGAACCAUACCUUGUCAUGAAAGAGAUUGACUCAGCAAAGAAUAAAGAUAAAAUAGAGAAGUUGAAGACUCAAGCUGAGUCCUUUUGCCAGCGGCUGGGAAAAUACCGAAUGCCUUUUGCCUGGGCUUAUGUGAAUAUCAUGAGUAUAGUCUCCACUCUCACUGACAAAGAUCCAAUGGAGGUUGAAAACACCAGUGCUAAGGUCAACAGUGGAGACAAAAAGGUUUACUCGCAUCAAAGACGGCUUUCUGAAAAGUCAGCUCUUUUGGAGGAACAGUGCAAUUUGUCCAAUUUCAAAACUGCCACAGUUACAGUCAGCAGCUUCUUUAAACAGGAAGGUGACAAGCUAAGUGAUGAAGAUUUGCUGAAGUUUUUGGCUGAGAUAAAAAGGUCAUCGGCACCCCUGAGAAGAUUGCGGUCCAUAACAGGUCAAAUCAAAACAGAGAUCUUGGCUGUCAGUGAGAGCCCUGCAUUCUGCAUUACUCCUGAGCUGUUGCCAGUGAAGCCAUAUCCUGAAAACCGUGGUCGACCAAUCAAAGAAAUUCUAGAAUUCCCGUCUCAUGAAGUCUAUGUUCCACAUACCACUUACAGGAAUCUACUCUAUGUCUACCCACAACGACUUAAUUUUGCCAACCGGUUAGCUUCUGCUCGAAAUAUUACGAUCAAAAUCCAGUUCAUGUCGGGGGAGGAUCUGAGCAAUGCCAUGCAGGUUCUUUUUGGAAAAUCAAGCACCACAGAAUUUGUCUCGGAGACAUAUUCUGCAGUUACUUACCAUAAUAAGUCUCCGGAUUUCUACGAGGAAGUAAAACUUAAACUUCCUGCUAAAAUUACAGAAAGACACCACUUACUGUUUACAUUCUACCAUAUCAGCUGCCAGCAGAAACAGAACCAAGGAUCGCCAGAGACUCUAAUCGGGUAUUCGUGGCUGCCGAUUCUUAUGAAUGAACGUCUUCAGACUGGUCAUUACUGUCUGCCAGUUGCUUUGGACAAACUUCCCAACAAAUACUCGAUGCACUCUCCAGAGAAGAUUCCAAACCAGUCUCCACCAAUCAAAUGGGUAGAUGGCCACAAGGGUGUAUUCAACGUGGAGAUACAAGCAGUUUCCUCAGUACAUACCCAGGACAACCACCUGGAUAAGUUCUUUGCAUUGUGUCACACUCUGGAAGGCCGGGUGACAUUCCCAAUUCGGAUUCUCGACCAGAAGAUAAUGGAACAUGACCUGGAGCACGAGUUGAAGUUGAGCAUAAUCUCACUGCCUUCAGCUCGGCUUGAACCGCUGGUACUGUUUCUGCACCAGGUCCUGGAUAAGCUUUUCCAAUUGACAAUACAGCCAAUGGUCGUUGCGGGUCAGACAGCCAAUCUUGCACAGUUCACGUUUGAGUCAGUCGUGUCGAUAGUGAACAGCCUUCACAACAGCCCCGACCUCAGCAAGGAUCAACACGGACGCAACUGCUUACUGAUGUCUUAUGUCUACUACGUGUUUCGCCUGCCAGAUUCUGUGAAAGAGAUGGCCAAAGGUGGCUCAGCAACGCUUCCCGUGUUUCCAGAGAGUCGUUACUACACCGUGGGGCGAUCCAGCGCUGCCUUUGUUGGAUCCAGACUCAUGCAGUCUCGUAUCUUGAGCAGCAGUAAUCCUGAUAUUGCAGGCACACUGGCUUUAGAUGAAGAUCCAAAGAAUGUUACCUCUUCCAAGCAAUUUCAUGAAGAACUAGCAUUGCAAAUGGUGGUGAGCACUGGCAUGGUGAGAGAAAAUGUCUUCAAGUAUGCCUGGUUCUUCUUCGAGCUUUUGAUUAAAAGCAUGGCCCAAUACAUCUGUCAGAUGGACAAACAAGAUUCUUCUCGAAAGCAACGCUUCUCUGAUCGCUUCAAGGACGAUGUUGCCACUAUUGUCAAUGUUGUGACUUCUGAGAUUGCCACAAUUCUCGUGAAACAGCAGAAGGAAGUUGAACAGGCUGAAAAAAUCAACGUAAGCUUGGCAUUUUUCCUGUAUGAUCUACUUUCCCUCAUGGACCGUGGCUUUGUGUUCAAUCUAAUUAGAAAUUAUUGUUGCCAGCUAUCCAGCAAACUGCAGUCAAUGCCCACUCUCAUCUCCAUGCGCCUGGAGUUCCUGAGGAUCCUCUGCAGCCAUGAACACUUUCUCAGCCUGAACCUUUUCUUCAUCACUAACCUAUCUGCACCUGCGUCUCCGUGUCCAUCAAUAUCUUCACAGAAUUCUAGUUCAUGUUCAAGUGUUCAAGACCAAAAAAUUGCCAACAUGUUUGAGCUGUCAGCUGAUUAUCGUCAGCAGCAUUUCCUGAUUGGGCUUCUCUUCACUGAGCUUGUUGCAGCCCUGGAUGCUGAAACAGAAGGGAUCGCAAAAGUACAGAAGAAGGCUGUCAAUGCAGUACUCAAUCUCCUGUGUUCACAUGAUCUAGACUCCCGCUAUUCAAAACCAAAGAUUAAAACUAAGAUAGCUGCCUUAUACCUUCCUCUCAUAGGGAUCAUCAUGGAUGCACUGCCACAGAUCUAUGACUUCACAGAUGCUCACUCCAAGAAGACUCGUCCAGGUGGUUCAGAUGGUGACACAGAUGUGAGCCCCAUCAAUCAUUCAGUUGCCUUGAUGAUAGCUGGAAAUCCUGUGAACACAAUGCUGAGGAAUACUGGAAUAUCAUAUUCAUCACUGCAAAGCAAACAAGUUAACCCACUGGCUGCUGAUGCAAGCCGGACAUUGCUGAUUUCUUUCUUAUGGAUCUUGAAGAAUGCUGAUCAAACUCUGCUAACAAAAUGGGCUUCAGAUCUUCCUGUAUCACAACUCAACAAGAUCUUAGACCUGCUCUAUCUUUGUGUUUCCUGCUUUGAGUAUAGGGGCAAAGCAACUUCAGAUAAAGUCAGUACACAAGCUCUGCAAAAGAGCAAACAUACCAAAGCACGUCUGGAAGAAGUGCUUCUGGGAAAUGCAGGAGCCCGUGGAGAAAUGAUGAAGCGAUGCCGUGGACCAGGAAACGAAAGAAACUUUGGAAUAAAUGAAAACCUGCGAUGGAGAAAAGAUCAAACACAAUGGCGACAGGGCAAUGAGAGACAUGAAAAGACCAAAGCAGACCUGGAUCAGGAAGCUCUGAUCUCAGGAAAUCUUGUUACUGAGGCUAAUCUGAUUAUUUUAGAUACCUUGGAAAUAAUUAUACAGGUAAUUUCAAUGUCUGAUUGCAAGGACAAUGUCUUGGGAAGUGUUUUCAGAGUUCUUCUUCAUAGUCUGCGUUGUAAUCAAAGUUCUUACUACCUAACACAUUGCUUCAGCACACUGCGAGCUCUCAUAACCAAGUAUGCGGAUCUGUUGUUUGAGGAGGAGGCAGAGCAGUGUUCCGACAUGUGUCAAAGAAUCUUACACCACUGCAGCAGCAGUAUUGACAGCACCCGUACUCAUGCCUGCGCCACACUCUACCUCCUUAUGAGGCAAAGCUUCAACAUAAUCAGUAAUUUUGCCAGAGUUAAAAUGCAAGUCACCAUGUCUUUAGCGUCCCUAGUUGGUAAGUCAUCCGAUUUUAAUGAAGAAUACUUGAGGCGAUCUUUGCGAAGUGUUUUGGCUUAUGCAGAGGAAGAUGAGGAAAUGCAGCCAACAAUGUUUCCAAUUCAGGUGGAGGAACUGUUGUCAAACCUCAACAGUAUCUUGUCUGACACAGUAAAAAUGAGGGAGUUCCAAAAGGAUCCUGAGAUGCUUAUGGACCUGAUGUACAGACUAGCAAAAGGAUAUCAGACUUCGCCCGACCUCCGGUUGACCUGGCUUCAAAACAUGGCAGAAAAGCACACUAAGCGUAAGUGCUACACGGAGGCCGCCAUGUGCCUGGUCCAUGCAGCGGCACUUGUAGCGGAGUACCUCAGCAUGUUAGAGGACCACAAGUACCUUCCAGUAGGCUGUGUUAGCUUUCAGAAUAUAUCACCCAAUGUACUGGAAGAAUCUGCUGUUUCAGAUGAUAUUUUGUCCCCUGAUGAAGAUGGGAUCUGUAGUGGAAGAUACUUCAGUGAAAAUGGUCUUGUGGGUUUACUAGAACAAACUGCUGAGCUCUUCAACUCAGCUUACAUGUUUGAAACUGUGAACGAAGUUUACAAAGUUGUUAUUCCAAUCCAAGAAGCCCACAGAGAUGUGAACAAACUGGCUUAUAUACACGAGAAGCUGAAAAAAGCAUUUGACAGCAUUACCCUAAAGGGAGCUAAACGAAUGUUUGGAACAUACUUCCGUGUGGCAUUUUACGGAGCUAAAUUUGGUGAUUUGGAUGAACAGGAAUUUGUUUACAAAGAGCCUGCCAUCACGAAGUUGCCAGAAAUUUCUCAUCGACUGGAGGCAUUUUACAGCCAGUGCUUUGGUGAAGGUAAGAUGGAAGUAAUUAAAGACUCCAGUCCUGUGGAGAAAGCAAAGCUGGAUCCCAACAAGGCCUACAUACAAAUAACCUUUGUUGAACCGUUCUUUGACGAUUAUGAAAUGAAAGACAGAAUCACCUACUUUGAAAAGAAUUUCAACCUACGGCGCUUCAUGUACACCACUCCGUUUACCAAGGACGGACGCCCCCGCGGGGACCUCAGCGAACAGUACAAGAGAAAAACCAUCCUGACAACUCUACAUGCGUUCCCUUACAUUAAAACCAGGAUUAAUGUCAUUCAAAAAGAAGAGUUUAUCCUCACGCCUAUUGAGGUAGCUAUUGAGGACAUGCAGAAGAAAACGCUUGAAUUGGCAGUUGCAACUCACCAGGAACCUCCAGAUGCCAAGAUGCUUCAGAUGGUUCUGCAAGGCUCCGUGGGAACUACUGUAAACCAGGGUCCUUUAGAAGUAGCUCAAGUGUUUCUGGCUGAAAUUCCAGAGAAUUCAAACCUCUUCCGACAUCACAAUAAACUGAGAUUAUGUUUCAAAGAAUUUAUUAUGCGAUGUGGAGAUGCUGUAGAGAAAAAUAAGCACCUGAUUACUUCCGACCAAAAAGAAUAUCAACAAGAACUGAAAAAGAAUUACAACAAAUUAAAAGAGAAUCUGAGACCGAUGAUUGGGAGAAAGAUCCCAGACCUGUACAAACCAAUAAUAAAAAUUCAACGCGCAUCCAAGGAAUCAUUCAAACGAUCAAGUUUUAAGAAAUAUGAAUCAUCACUAUCCAACUCGCAGAGCAGCUGAUGGAAUCUGUCAAAGAGACCCCAGGAACCACCUUUUUCACGUUCAUUUCAACUAAAGGCAAUUCAUGAAGUUCUAUCAUCCAUCAAAACAAUUGUAUAAGAAAUCUGAAAACUACAAUCAGUUAGCUUCUUCAAAAACAAAACACUUCAGAAAUAACACAUGGAUGGACACUGAUAUCAUUUACUCCAUGGAUAGAUGAAGCUGCCUCAACCGGCUGUUCGUUAAUCCAACUUGCCAAUGGGGCUCUGAUGACUUGUUAUUUGCACCUUUUCCUAACAAUAGUAAUACAUACAUGGUUUGUAUUUAAUUUGUUUCCCAACUCAUCAAUAUGUGUGCUAUGAUGUUUACAUAAACUGCAGUUGCAUCUUCUAAUUUAAAGUACAGCAAGUAUGUCAUAUUCCAUAAGGUCUCAGCUGGUGCUGUAUAAUAUGGAUGGUUAUGUUUCAUUGUCAUUUAAUUUUUAAAAAGAUAGGCUCUUUAUUGUUAUUGAUGUAAUCCUGUUUUAUAAGUGUAACAUCUGCAUUGAAUCAAUCAGGUUCCUUUAGUAGUCAGAUGUCAAUAAUGUGUUCUGCAACUCAUACAGAUAUACCUCCAUUAUUAAAUUAACUGAAGUUCAGCUAUUUUAUCGAUAGGACCUACUUAUUAAGCAUAUUACAACACAGUAUCACCAGAAUAGCAUUGACUUGCAAUUUUUCGUGCAACCAGCUUUUACAUUCCUUGGUCCAAGCUGGAAAAAACUUGUGUUUGAAUCAAUAAUGAAUUUUACAUGAACUGCUGUAAGCAUUCAAUGAAAUAUAUGUUGACUCUAUGAGCUAACUGCAAGUAUCCCAGUAAAUCCACAUAGUCAAUCCUCGUUUCCUACUGUCUUGGAAAUUAAGCCUUCUCUAUUGUCAAAAAUAAUUUGCACAGGAUCACCACCCCUUAAAAGCUGCUCCGCCUAGAGAUGACUGGAGCAUGUGGAAAAGCAAUGCAAUUUUGUUUUUUUCAUCACGUACAUCCAAGUUUCAAAAUAUGUCUCUGAUCUCGAACUAGAAAUGGAGGCAACAUUGCAGACUGCCUUAAUUCUUCAUUGAUUGUAUAUUACUGUAUCUAGUGUACAGAAACUUUCAAUCAUGCAACUCAGCAUCUGCCAAGUGAAGGUGGCGCUAAUGCUUCAAAUGUUCUUCUAUAUUAAGCAUUCCUUUUGUUUUUUAUUUGGAUUCGAAAUAAUGUAUAUUGUAUGUAUAGAUGAGAUUCUGUUUGUAAAAGUAAAAUGCUUUUCUAAAAAACAUGAAA